AUGCACAAGACACCAGUAACUGGGAGGCCCAUGUGCAACAUGAGCGGCACCUUCGUUGAACCCUUCGGGAAGUUCCUCGUGGAAAAGCUUGGCCCCCUACUGGAGAAUUUCCGCACCGUGCUAAACUCGACAGACAUAUUGCUGGAAUGUUUGAGGAAUUUGCGACUGGACGAGAACAGGAAGAUGCACACGUACGAUGCGAAGAACUUGCACCCACCUGUGGAACAGAGUCAUGUCCUAGAACACGUAUCUCCAAUCAUACGUUCUUCUUUCGCGGAGGGCCUCGCCACCUUCAUCAUGAAUGUCGUGGAGGUGGUUUCGAAAUCUUGUCUAGUACAGUUCGGUGGGGAUGUGCGUUCGUCAGACGACGGCAUCCCAACCGGUUUCGCUCCAGGAGUGAUCCUGGCAAAUCUGUACCUCGUAGCUGUCGACUACCACCUGGAGCGGUCGCUGGAGGCAGACCUGAAGUUCUACAAGCGCUUCGUUGAUGACAUCCUAGCAAUCUUGACCGGUGGGCCAGAGAUGCUCGGAGCUGCCAUAAACAGCUGGAGAGGCAGUGUCCAAACCGAGUUGACCGGCACUGGUCAGCAAGUAGUGCUCCUAGAUACCGUUUUGUCCAGAGACGCGGACAACGCCGUCAAAUGGGAGAUGUAUUCGAAGCCUCAAAAGUUAUAUUUGUAUGUUAUUCCGUGCAGUUGCCAUCGCCCGAGCGCGUUCGAUUCGGAAGUGACAGGGUGUAUCCGUAGAGCAUUUGCGAGGAACAAGUACAAAUCUGAUGCAUUACGCCACGCACGAACUCUCAUACAGAAACUGACCGAGCGAGGAUAUACAGCAAGUCUGUGUUUUUCGCUGCUGAAUGCUUUCAGGGGCUGCAGGCGUAGAGUGCGACAAAGCAUGCGCACGAAUCAUGUCCGCAAGUUCUACAUGAAAGUCCCGGUCUGCUCCCAGGUCCGCGCAGCAGACUAG